AUGGCCAAUCCAGAAGCUGGCUCGCCUGUCUUGUUCGGUGGUCUGGAUGGAUUUGAUCUCGGUGAUGGCACGCUAGGAGGUGGCAGCCUUGCAGGUGAUCUGCCCGAUACCCGUCUCGGGGCUUCAAAUCCCGCUCCGGCCGCCUCCAGGACGGUUGGUGAGAGCAUACCAGCCACGGCUGGCGGGAGCGGGAGUGCGAGUGGGACCUCACCCUUACAGCCCAACUUCUUCAGUCCGGCCCCUCCAAACUGGGUCUUCCAGGACACGCCCCCGUAUGACUCGCCCAUCGGCGAGAAUUCCUUUAGCGCUGCUUCCCAACAAUCGUGGGAUCUCCCGGUUCAUCCCAGCCUCAACCAAGCGCUUCUGCAACAACAGGCUCUGUAUCUCCAGUCCCCCGCCCUUUCGGCCAUCGAUCCGAAGCUUAGCCCUACUUCUACGGCGGCCAAUGUCCCGAUAGUUCCCGCCUUUGCAGCGCAGAACACCCGAACCGCCCGUAAGGCGAGCAAGCGCAACAUCGAGAACACGCUCACUCCGGCGCAGCGCGAGCGGCUCAAAAGCAUCGCUAUGCCUCCUCACCUCCAGUAUCACUCGCCUGGGAGUCCAGGGUCGAGCUCAAGCGGCAAUGACAAGGGCCCAGCCUCGUCCCCGGAGGCCGUCGAGUCGUCCAAGCCCAACAGUAGGAAGCGUAAAUCGUCGGCCGAAGUGGACGACGAUGACGACGAUGAUGAGCUCGACGGCCAGCAGCCGGUCAAGAAGACCGCUCACAACAUGAUUGAGAAGCGAUACAGGACCAACCUCAAUGAUAAGAUAGCAGCGCUGCGAGACAGCGUGCCAUCAUUGAGGAUCAUGUCCAAAAGCGCCCGGGGAGAAGACACUACAGAGGACAGGGAGGAACUGCAUGGCUUGACACCGGCUCACAAGCUCAACAAGGCAACGGUCCUGAGCAAGGCAACCGAGUAUAUCAGGCAUCUUGAGAAACGCAAUAAUCGACUUAUUGAGGAAAACAACAGCAUGCAGGCGAGAAUUGCCGCAUUUGAGAAGCUCUUCAUGGCGGGAGCUAUUACCGGACAGCUCCCAAACCCCCUGCAGCCGUCUCCUGCACCAAUGCAAUACACCCAAGAUGCCGCCUUCGUGAACACACCAAUGACGGCACCCCAAGGCCCGGAUCCAUCAGGGUUGAUUCCGAUACCAGACGAUAUGAAGCGCAUUCUAACCUCGCAGCAAAUGAACGCCGGCCGCCCGUACCCCGUGCCGGCGCAGCAAUUUGCGCAGAAUCCUGCGAUACUGCGGCAACAGCAAAUUCAACAGCAGCAACAGCAACAGCAGGCACAGGCAAGCCGAUGGAACCCGUACUUCGGAAAGCUGAUGGUGGGCUCCCUGGCCGGUUUGAUGCUGGUCGAAGCCCUCGUCGAGAACGAAAAGAGCGCAGAGACGACAGAAGGCCGCGGCUUGCUCGCUCUCCCGGUCCAGUUCGUCACUGCUUUUGUUCACUCGACUCACUUCAGCAUCGGAGGGUAUUACAUCUCUGCAGUUAGCAUGAUUGCAAAGCUACGGUUGCUCUCCCUCAUCGGCGCCUUGUUGUGGGCCGCCUGCUCGUCCUUUAUCGACGAGUCCCUCUUUCCGCCUUCUAAGAGCUCAAAGCAGAAUCCUUCUGUUGUUCAGGCAGUGCCUUCCCUUGCCUCCCCCAUCCAUGUCAGGAGGCAAGCAUGGCUCACCGCAAUUCAGACCGUCUGGGUGCCGAGGCACAACUUCUUCCUCGAAGCCGCGGCGCUGUUGCUCAAGACGCUUAAAUACACCCUGAGGAACGUGGUUGGCUCCCACGGCUAUCUUGCGUUGACAGGCCUGAGCGAGGAGCAAGAAGCCGCCCGGAUUAAAGCCUGGACAAUCGCCCUGGACGCACAGCUCGCCGGCGGCGACGUGGAAAUUAAUAAGAGCCGCCUCACGCUGACCCUCAUUGCAUCCGGCACUCUCCCAGAUACCCCUCUCCGACUGAUGCUAAAGGCACUGCACAUUCGCGUCCUCCUCUGGCGGCUGCAUGGUGCCUCGUGGGCAGCCAACAUGAUUGCUGCCAACUUGUCUAGGGCGAGGUGGAAUGAGGCCAGACAGCUCAAUCGCAUCCUUGAUUCCCUUCACGAUGGGCAAGCUCCCGCGGACGAGGCGCUUCCCGAACACUUGGCCAUCCUGCUGGACCAGGACUGCGAUGAAGUAUUCAACGACGACAUCAUUCAAAGAGCGCACAACCUGGCCUGGAACCAGGACACGACUUACAACGUGAUCGACAAGGUGGAUGGCAUGGACAUGGUUGUGGAGGAUGUUGCCGUCAGGUCACCAAUGGAUGCGGUAGCAGCGUGGUACUCGAGUCUUGCGCUGCACCGCGCCUUAGUCAACAGUCUCCCCAAAUCCCGAGGCAACAAGGCCACCGUGGCCGAGGAUAUUGACCUGGCCGUCAAAGUCUCGCCCAUCGGAUCCAACGCGCAGGUGCGCGCCCUCGUCGCCCGCGCGGUUCUUACUAAGGAGAAGAGAGGCGCGAACAUCGUGGCUGCGUUGCAGGCUCUCGGCCCCUCCCUCAACCCGGACAAGCAUCCGCACUACAGCAAGGGCGUGCCGCCGCUCAUCGACUCGCCCAUGUCGACCAUCGCCCCGGAUCCCGACGCGCAGAUGGCGCUGCGCUGCGCCAUGGGCAUUGCGCAGCUGCAAAAGUUUGCCGACCCGCCGCAGCCGGCCGUCAUGGUCAUCAACUCGAUCCUGCCGGGCAGAGCGGCCGACGUCGAGGGCAUGUCGCUGCUGGGCUACACGGCGGCGUUCCACCUCAUGGAGCAGCUGCACGGGCACGCCGUGGGCAGGGAGAUGUGCUCGAGGUCCCUGGAGAGGCUGGCCGGCAGCCUGAGGAUCUGGAUCGGCAGUUCCGCCGGGAACAAGGCCGGUGUUGAUGCCGAGAUGAGACAGGGCAUGAUUGACAGGUGCCUGGGCGUCGCCAAGAGCGUGGUCGGCAUGGAGACCGAUCCGGGCUAUGCCAGUAUGGAUGAUUCGGAGGUGGCUGCGGAGGGGGGUGAGGGGGAGUGGACCGGUUGUUGA